AUGCUAGGUGUCUUCUCAUAUUUCAGCUCCUCUACGCGUGGGCAAGGAAACCAUUCCGACCUUCUCGCGGGGAGUGAGGGCCCUUAUUACCAUGAAUAUUCACUGCGUGCCUCCUCGCCGACGAGGAAGCAGGACUGGAAGGUCGGGCCCAUGACGGCUGAUUAUGGCAUGACUUUACUUUUCGAACGCGAGAAGCCAACGCGAUACCUGAUAGGCCUUAUCCGCGCCAAGACGGAGGAGGCAUGCUUGCUUGGGGACAUUUGA